AUGAUGUGCAAGCUGCUCCUGUCCUGGGCCCUGAUUCUCGCUGCCUCUGGGUCCGUCUUCUCACACCCCAUCACAGACUCCGGAGAGGUCUCUUACUCAGGGCCAGUGUCAAUGGAGGAGGGCAGAGCGGUUGGUCCAGAGGAUUUGUCCCUGUCUGACCAGGCUUACCUGUCCCAGAGCAGGACAGGUUUAGGCUACCCCUCCCUAUUGGCUGGGGAGCUCGGCAGAGAUGGUAUCAGAUCAGUAGCAUACCUCCCCAGAGAGGCAGUGAAAGAGGUCCUCCUGGAGAAACAGAGCAGACUGCAUCCCUUCGCUCGCUUCCUGGGCACCAGGAAACAGUACAGGAAGAGAGGAAGCACCUCUGAGUGCUUCUGGAAGUACUGUGUCUGA